GACGGGCAGAGAGCAGAGGCUCGUGCGUCAACCUUCCACCUCAUCUCAUGUCCCAUUGCUCGUGUGUGCGGCGCUUGCAGUGCAUGCUUCUGUCUGCGCGGCCAGCACCAAGACACGAUCGCGGAUGAUUCGAGCGUCUAACUUAGGGUGGACGGAGGACGACGACGACGUACGUACAUGCACGUGCGGGACCAACCGCAGUCGCAUACGAAGCUAGGCCGCCGCCAUGGACCACUCCAGCAACACUCUUCUCGUCGACGAUCCAUGGGCGACAAUGGAUGACGGCGCUUCUCCCUGGGACGACGUGCCCUCGCGCUCGCCCUCGAACCACAAUCUCGCCAAACAGGCUGAAGAGACGCCCUCGUCGCCGCCUGUUGCAGAGCCUGCUUCGCCCGCCGGUCUCUCCAAAUCCACACCGAACAUCGCCGCCGGCGUUAAACCAGCUCCAACGAAAACCCGAAGAGGUCGCGGCCAUGCCACCCUCACGCAGUCCACAACGCUCGAGACCCUCGACGAUUCCAUGGGGCCACUGGGUCCAUUAGGGAUGGAGCCGGUCGACGAGCCCAUGGCGCCUACGCCUCCUGUGAAAGAGUUGGCCUCGAGAACACGAAAUGCUGCUGGCUCUCGCCCUUCGACUGCGGCGUCGGCUGCGUCCAGCCGCGGUGCAGAUUUCGACGAUGAUGGAAGCUCGCUGAAUGGCGGACCUCGCAUCCCUCCUCCAGUGGAGCCUCCGCAGUUUGGCGGCCGACACAGACCUGCACAGCCAUCACAACCUGUCGAGCAAGCAGCAAAGCCGACGUUCCACAUUGUCGUUGGCGACCCGCACAAUGUAGGAGGAGCGACUGGCAGCCACACGGCAUACAAUGUCAUCACCAAAACCACUUCCAAGGCUUAUAUGAAUCCGACUUUUACCGUGACGAGACGAUAUCGCGAUUUCCUAUGGCUGUACGAACGAUUGCACGAUAAUAAUCCCGGAGUUGUAGUUCCGCCUCCACCUGAGAAGCAAGCUAUGGGACGUUUUGAUCAAAACUUCAUCGAGUCAAGAAGGCAGGCGUUGGAGCGGAUGAUCAACAAGAUCGCUUCCCACCCUAUCCUGCAAAUGGAUGGUGAUCUCAAGACGUUCCUCGAAUCAGAGCAAUUCAGCGUGGCAAUUAAACACUCCGGAAAGGACCCUCUCCUAGGCGGCACUGAGUCCAAAGGCAUUAUGUCAAGCAUUGGUCUGGGAGGCAGCUCGGGAGGCAAAUUCAUCGAGCAUGAUGAUUGGUUUCACGAUCGCCGUGUAUAUCUCGAUGCUUUGGAGAGCCAGCUCAAAGCGCUUCAAAAAAGCACCGACACGGUCGUGGCUCAACGCAAAGGUCUCGCCGAAGCAUGUGCGGACUUCAGUCUGUCGUUGCACAAUCUGGCAGCUGUUGAGCUAUCGCCCAGCUUGAGUGGACCUCUGGAUGCCCUCGGUGAUCUGCAACUUCGCAUACAGGAGCUCUACCAGCGUCAGGCAAUGCAGGAUGUGCUCACACUGGGGAUUGUCAUUGACGAAUACAUUCGCCUUAUCGGUUCAGUGAAGAAAGCCUUCGAGCAACGCCAGAAAGCCUUCCACUCAUGGCAUUCGGCAGAGGCGAAGUUGGCUGACAUCAAAAAGCAGCAAGACAAACUGCUUCGGGCAGGUCGUACGCAACAAGAUCGACUGGGUCAGAUGCAAGCAGAUGUUGCAGACCAGGAGCGACGAGUGCAUGCCACUCGACUGCUAUUCGAAGACAUGGGUCGCUUGAUGCGAGCUGAACUCGACCGCUUCGAGCGAGAGAAGGUGGAAGACUUCAAAAGUGGAGUCGAGACAUUCCUGGAGAGCGCCAUUGAGGCACAGAAAGAGCUCAUCGAACUCUGGGAGACUUACCUGCUUCAACUUGAUAGCGACGAAGAUGGCCCGCCUCUGAUACCCGCAGGUGUCAGGGCAGACUCUGAUCCCAAAUCCGAAGCUCAGCUACGGAGAGAGCCGAACAAGGCCCAACUCGACGCUGAGACUGCCGGAAGUGGUGAUGAUGAGCCGCGGUUAUCUGGGACCACUGCCCGCGACAGCGAUGACUUACAUCGUGCCAACGAGGAAAUCGCAAAUCAGGUGGAACAGCAUUCUCGAGAGAUUGAAGCAUAGCGAGUCAGGGGCGCCAGGAGCUUUCACAGCAUUCAAGGAUACAGUAUGUAGCAUAUGCAAGAGCAAAGUCAGUGUCCGGCAAGAUGGUUAGCGAAUCCGCGCUCCAACUACCAUGAUUUACGCUUUGUUUGUCGGUGUGGAAUGAGACUUAUCACCUUCAUGGAAUCGAAAGGGAAAGUCAAUUAAACACAUCGUUUCCUUCUUGGAACGUUGAGAAAUUCAAUGUUCAGACCAGUGCAUGGGAGUAGGCAGCAGAUCGAACGGUGACAAUUUCGUUCCGUGGUCAGUGCAGUAGAAAUGACUUACCU